AUAAAAUGAAAAUUAAGUCAGCUUGGGCUUGGCACUCCUUCCGUGAGCUGUGAAGUCGGAAGCUGCAAGCAACGUGAGCGGUGAUGGAACGGACUUGUUCCCUCCGGCGAAAGACACACAAAGAGAAGGACGUAAUUUGGGCAGCUAUCCAGGGGCAUUCUUGUCCAAUAUGUUUGACCGAUCUGGAAUCUCGGUUCAGAGAAGCUGCGGUUCUGUCCCGCUGCUACCACGCUUACUGCACCCACUGCAUCCGCCGUUGGAGUCACGUGCGCAGAGCGUGCCCUCUCUGCAAUUCAGGUUUCGCCUUCUGGUUUUCCAUCCUCAGCCUCUCUUCCAGAACCUUCCGGAAGCACUUCUUACCCUUCCACUCUCAUUCUGAUGCAAACCAACCGCCACGACUUCCCUCUACCAGGGCGAGGAUAGCGGUGACUAAUGGACAAAGGAGGGCAUUGCCCCGGAGAAGAUCGUUUGGGCGUGCUGGACUUGUGAGUGCAGAUGUUAUUGCUCAGAGGAAGCUUCAAUGGCGUGCUAGCAUAUACAAUCAAAGGUUGCAACCUGAUUAUGCAACCCUAAGGUGUCUUGAGCGAGGAUGCAAAGGCUGCGGUCCAUGCAACUUGUUCCUUUCCAUUGGGAAUGGAACAAGAAAUGCUAUUAAAAGGGACAUUCUACAACGGAUUGAGCCAUGGAUAAUGAGGGAGCUACAAGCUCUCUUAGGGGACCCAGAUCCAACUGUCAUUGUUCAUGUUGCCACCUCACAGUUCAUCACUUGGCUAGAAGAGAAGGCGAAAUCGCCAUCUCGCCACCUUCAUGUGGGAGAUACCUUCAUUUCACCUCUUCGUCCAUUCCUGCAUGAUAAAGCGACCAUCUUUUGGCAUGAGCUAAGUUGUUUCGCUGAGGGUUGUCACAACAUGGAUACCUACGAUGAAGUCGUCGAAUAUAAACAACAGGAGUGGGUGGACGACACACAUUAGAUGUUGCUGUUGCCUCUUAUCAUCCCUUAAAUCUGUUGGGAGUUGAUGAGAUACAUGGAGGUUGGUGAUGAUGCCUUCCUCACAACCAUGAAUUAUGAUACCAAAUCUCUUGGGAGAUCUGAACGGUUUCUUGGGUACAAGUUGAAAGCUGAUCCCUGUUCCUUGUUGGUGUUAUUGCAUGUUGCAAUCUUUCAGUAGCAUCCAAACAAGAACCAUGUGUUGCUGAUUCACGUCCAUUUCAGUCCGUUUCCAACGUUGUCAAACGUAAUUAGUUUAAGGUGUAAAAAGACCAGCUUGUAAAUAAUAUUUAUGCACAUCUAUCAUCUCUU